CUAUUUACACGCAUGGGCGCUCCAUGCCGACGAGCUGCAGCGAUAGAUUAGUUAAUAAUUAAGCAGCAACAAUGGAGGCGGCAGCUCCCAGCACCCUGCGGAAGCGGCCGCUCUCGGUCCGCACGUCGACGAGCGACGACAAUGGAACUGACGGGCGGAUGGCGCCAGACGACGAGCUGGGGGAGCCCGUCAGCCCUUCGGCGAGGCUCGUGGAAGAUUUCUACAUCAUCGUCGUCAUCGGCGCCGCGACGCCGCUCAACAUCCCGGCCCUCCGCGCCGGCAUCGAGGCCCAGCUCGCGCGCUACCCACACUUCCGCAGCAUCCAAGUGACGGACAAGGACGGCAACCUGCGGUGGGCGCCCACGACGGUGAACGUGGAGGACCAGCUCAUCUGCCCGGCGCUGGACUCGGCGGCCGUCGCCGCCGACCCGGACAAGGCCGUGGAGGAUUACGUCGCGUCGCUCUCGACGCUGCCCAUGGACUGGUCCCGGCCGCUCUGGGAGUUCCACCUCUUCGACUUCCCGACCUCCGAGGCCACGGCCACCGCGGCGAUCCGGGUGCACCACUCCCUCGGGGACGGCAUGUCGCUGCUCACGCUCCUCAUGGCCUGCACGCGCAGCGCCGCCGACCCGAUCAGGCUGCCGGCCAUGCCGCCGCUGCCGACGCGCACGGGCGCCAUCUACCAGCGCCCGCGCCCCUCGGCGGGCGCCCUGGCGUACCUCGCGUGGCUCUGGUCGUUCAUCGUGCUCGCCUGGCACACCGCGGUGGACGUGGUGGCCUUCUUCGCGACCAUAUUGUGCCUCAGAGACCCCCACACGCUGUUCAAGCGGGUGAACCAUGCUGAGUCGCAGCGCAAGCGCAUCGUCCAUCGGAGCCUUAGCCUCGACGACGUCAAGUUCGUCAAGAACGCCAUGAAAUGCACAGUUAACGAUGUGUUGGUUGGGGUCACGUACGCUGCCCUAUCACGCUAUUACUUCCGGAAGUCAGGUGACACCGACAAGGAGAUACGUGUGCGCUCAAUACUUCUCGUCAAUUUAAGGCCAACCACAAGCCUACACGCAUGCGUUAACAUGAUAGAAUCCGGCAAGGGAAGCGAUGUGAAAUGGGGCAACAAACUCGGCUUCAUCAUCCUUCCGUUCUUCAUAGGCAAGCACAGCGACCCGCUGGAUUACGUUCGCAAGGCGAAGAAGGUUGUGGACAGGAAGAAGAGCUCCCUGGAGGUGGUGUUCACACACCUAGCAGCAGAAGUGAUACUCAAACUUUUCGGACUCAAGGCAGCUGCAGCUAUCUUCCAUCGUAUGAUCUCCCACACUACCAUAUCCUUCUCCAACAUGACUGGCCCGGUUGAACAGGUGGAGUUUUGUGGGCAUCCAGUUGUCUUCAUCGCCCCUAGCGGCUAUGGUCCUCCGGAAGCCCUAACUGUGAAUUAUCAAAGUUAUGUCAACACCAUCAUGGUAAACCUAGCACUGGAUGAGGCACAGUUUCCAGACUGUCAUGAACUUCUGGACGACUUUGCUGAAUCCCUUGCACGUAUUAAGGAUGCAGCCUCGCGUCUUGGAAAUCAGCACAGGAAGGCUUAAGGCUAUUUGGAUCAGUGCAACAUAUUCAUGCUUUCACUCCACAGAAUAAUUGUACCAUUCAAUAUUAAUAUUGUACAACAUGUGUAUAGCUACUAAACCUACAAACUCAGCCAAAUUCAUGAAGCGCAUACAGUGAUUCUGGCUCAGGAUUUCCGAGAGUGCACAAACUAUAGUUAAUUUGCUCAGAUUUAGCAGAAAGUUAAAUAAUAAAGAGUAUUUGAUACA